AUGCCGUGGUUCUUGCAGACGGGGCCCCAGUCCGGCCUCCAGCUCAGCUUUCUCUCCCACGGCAAGCUUCGGAGCCCAAAUUUCAAAAUGUUACCUCUCGGCCUCUUGAACGCCGCCCAAGGGCACCCCAUGCUCGUGGAGCUGAAGAACGGCGAAACCCUCAACGGCCAUCUGGUCAUGUGCGAUACCUGGAUGAAUCUGACCUUGAAGGAGGUCGUACAGACGAGUCCGGAAGGCGACAAGUUUGUCAAGAUCCCCGAAGUUUAUGUGAAAGGAAACAACAUCAAAUACCUACGAGUCCCCGACGACAUCAUCGACGUGGUCAAGGAGAACCAGGCGAACCACCAGCAAGGAGGAUUCCGUGGCGGUAGAGGCGGAAACAGAGGGGACCACAGCGGUCGCGGCGGCGAUAGAGGCAGAGGCAGAGGUCAGGGCCGUGGAGGACGGGGGCGUGGUAACCGCGGUGGCUCAUGAGGAUAUCUCUCACACGAUUCCGACAAGCCAGCACCUGGCGCACCGAUGCCCACGGUGACCAUACACAACGCCAAUGGAGAGAAUACUCUUUGAAUGCAGACGUCAUCUGGAAGUCUUGCGCAAGAGAAACUAGGCGUGCGACUUUCAUCCUGGGGCUGAUGGCCCCGGAGAGUAGAGCCAGCGAGCGACCAUUGGCCGCACCCAGGAGGCAUGCAAACCAGCAGAGUCAUUUUACGUACUUGGAACAUAAAAAUACAGCCGUGAGAGGCCAAUACAUUCCCC